AUGAGCCCCCUCCUGCUGGCCGCCCUGCUGCUGCUGCUGCUGCCGCCGCUGCCCCCUGGAGCCCCAGCGCAGGUAGGUGCGCCCGCGCCCCUGCUGCCCUCUCCCAAGGUUGGCGGAAGGAAGUGGGGCCCCGGCGUGGCCACUCUGGGCAUCCAGCGCGCCGAGGACCCGGGCCGAGGGCAGCGGCGGGGGGCAGGCGCCCCUGGUGGCUUGGCCAGCCUGGGCUGGGGGGGGUCCCUCAGUGGUGCCAAGGGGAAGCCCUACCUGACCUUGGAGCAGCUCCUGGACUUUGUCAACCAGAAGCAGCGAGACCCCCGGCUGAACGAGGUCCUGUACCCGCCGCUGCGCCCGGCCCAGGCCCGCCUGCUCAUCGAGAAGUACGAGCCCAACCAGCAAUUCUUGGAGCGAGACCAGAUGUCCAUGGAAGGCUUCAGCCGCUACCUGGGUGGGGAGGAGAACAGUGUCCUGCCGCCAGAGGCCCUGGACCUGAGUAAUGACAUGACGCAGCCCCUGAGCUCCUAUUUCAUCAACUCCUCCCACAACACCUACCUCACAGCGGGGCAGCUGGCGGGGACCUCGUCGGUGGAGAUGUACCGGCAGGCCCUGCUGUGGGGCUGCCGCUGCGUGGAGCUGGACGUGUGGAAAGGCCGGCCGCCCGAGGAGGAGCCCUUCAUCACCCACGGCUUCACCAUGACCACGGAAGUGCCCCUGCGGGACGUGCUGGAGGCCAUCGCAGAAACGGCCUUCAAGACGUCCCCCUUCCCCGUCAUCCUCUCCUUCGAGAACCACGUCGACUCGGCGAAACAGCAGGCCAAGAUGGCGGAGUACUGCCGCACCAUCUUUGGGGACGCGCUGCUCAUCGACCCGUUGGACAAGUACCCGCUGGCCCCCGGAGUCCCCCUGCCCAGCCCUCAGGACCUGAUGGGCCGCAUCCUCGUGAAGAAUAAGAAACGGCACCGGCCGCCCCUGAGCCCUUCCGACGGCUCGGUGCGCAAGCGGCCCCUGGAGCAGAGUAACUCGGCCUUGAGCGAGAGUUCCGUGGCCACCGAGCCCCCGUCCCCGCAGCUCGGCUCCCCCAGCUCCGAGGGCUGUUCCACUCUGAGCAACGGAGAAGAUCACCUGGGCUGCAACCCCGAACCCCGCAAAUCCAUUGACCGAGAGGCAGAGAGUGAAGAAGAGGAGGAGGAAGAACCGGCCGACCCCAAGAAGAACAGCACAGACGAGGGCACGGCCAGCAGUGAGGUGAACGCCACGGAGGAGAUGUCCACUCUGGUCAAUUACAUUGAGCCGGUCAAAUUCAAGUCCUUUGAGGUGGCCCGGAAGCGGAACAAGUGCUUUGAGAUGUCGUCCUUUGUGGAGACCAAAGCCCUGGAGCAGCUCACCAAGAGCCCCAUGGAAUUUGUGGAGUACAACAAACAGCAGCUCAGCCGCAUCUACCCCAAGGGCACCCGGGUAGACUCCUCCAACUACAUGCCUCAGCUUUUCUGGAAUGCAGGCUGCCAGCUUGUUGCCCUCAACUUCCAGACCCUUGACCUCCCGAUGCAGCUGAACGCCGGGGUGUUUGAGUACAACGGGCGCAGCGGCUAUCUGCUCAAGCCAGAAUUCAUGCGGCGCCCGGACAAGUCUUUCGACCCUUUCACAGAAGGCAUCGUGGAUGGCAUCGUGGCUAAUGCCCUCCGGGUCAAGGUGAUCUCGGGCCAGUUUCUGUCGGACAGAAAGGUCAGCAUCUAUGUGGAGGUGGAUGUCUUCGGCCUUCCUGCAGAUACGCGUCGCAAAUACCGCACCCGGCCCUCGCAGGGCAACUCCUUCAACCCGGUGUGGGACGAGGAGCCCUUUGACUUCCCCAAGGUGGUGCUGCCCACCCUGGCCUCCCUCCGCAUUGCGGCCUUUGAGGAAGGAGGCAAGUUCGUGGGGCACCGAAUCCUGCCUGUGUCCGCCAUCCGCUCAGGAUACCAUUACAUCUGCCUGAGGAAUGAGGCCAACCAGCCCCUGUGUCUGCCGGCCCUGCUCAUCUACACGGAGGCUUCUGACUACAUCCCUGAUGAUCACCAGGACUAUGCCGAGGCUUUGUUCAACCCCAUCAAACACGUCAGCCUCAUGGACCAGAGGUCAAAGCAGCUGGCAGCUCUGAUUGGCGAGAGCGAGGCUGCUCCCGAGACCCCAGAGGAGACGCCUUCUCGCCAGCUAGGGCCCCAGCUGUCCACCGGCUCUGUCCAAAGCCUCCAGGAAGCUGGAGCCUCCCGCACCCACGGCCCUUCCACCUCCCCCACCAGCCCUUCCAUAAGCAGACCAGGUCAGUGCGAUGAGCUCAUCGCCAGCCUCCUGGGAGAGGUAUCUGUGACCCCCUUGGUGGAGCUCCGGGUUCACAAGGCCUUGGUGAAGCUUCGGAACCGACAGGAACGAGACCUGCGGGAGCUGCAGAAGAAGCAACAGCGCAAGGCGGCGGCCUUCCUACGACGCCUGCACAGCCAGCUGGCUCAGUACCGGGGGGAGAUGGAGAAGAGGCGCAAGCAGCAACCCCAGGGCGGGGCGCCGGAGGAGGAAGAGGAGGAAGAGAUGAAGAGCUAUCGGGAGCUGCAGAAGAAACAGCUUCAGAGUCUGCUGGACCUGCGGGAGGCCCAGGCUGACGCGGAAGCUGAACGUCGCCAGGAACACCUAAGACAGGCCCAGCUUCGCCUUCGAGAGAUUGUCCUUGAAACUCACACGACUCAGCUAAAAAAACUGAAGGAGACGAGCGAAAAGGAGAAGAAGGAACUGCAGAAGAUUCUGGACCGGAAGAGACAUAACAGCAUUUCGGAGGCCAAGAUCCGGGAGAAGCACAAGAAGGAGGCGGAGCUGACGGAGAUUAACCGGCGCCACAUCACCGAGUCCGUCAACGCCAUCCGGAGGCUGGAGGAGGCCCAGAAGCAGCGCCAGGAGCGGCUGGUGGCCGGCCAGCUACAAGUCCAGCAGCAGCUAGAAGAGGAAGAGCCCAAGGCGGCCUCCCAGCUGGCCCAGGAGUGCCAGGCCCAGCGGGCACGGCUGCCACAAGAGAUCCGACAGAGCCUGUGGGGUGAGCUGCCAGUGGAACAGGCAGCGGCGGAGGAGGAGGAGGAGGACCUUGCUGCCAGCGACGGUCCCAGCCUGGGCGCUAUCAGCGGCCACACGCUGGGCAGAGCCAGCAACGGGCACGCCCUGGGAGGCAGGGCCAGUAAUGGGCAUGCCCGCGGGAGUGGCAGUGGGCUCCUCAGGGGCGUAGACUGUGAGAGGCAAGAAGAGAACACCCAGCUGUGACCCCAGGGUGGGCAGGGGCCAGAGCAGAAAGGGAAGACACUAAACUCUUGUUUUUAAAACUUUUUAUUUUUUUUAAAUUUUUUAUUUUUUUAAAUUCAAGGGGGCAAGAAGCCCCCACUAACCCUCCCCAGUCCCAUGUGGUGUGUGCGUGUAUAUGUGUGUAUAUGUGUGUGUGUGUGUGUGUGUGUACCUAUGGGUUCCCCUUUAGUCCCUGGCCCCCUCCCUAGAGCUGAUAACAAGGGUGGGCCUCCCCUGCCCAGGGCCAAGGAUCAGCAGGAGUGGGUGGGGAGAGAAGGGAUUAAACUGGGGCCUGUCCCCCCAUCAUAAUUUAGAUCCCAGGGUGGGGGGUGGAAGCCAGGCUCUUGAGGUGUUUGUGUUUGGGGGGCCAGGAGGGUGGGGCUGGGCUGAGGGCACAUCCCCCUCCCCAGCUUUGGGGAUCAGAAGCAUCCUGUUCUCUUACCUUCUGCUUGUUUUUGUUUUUUAUGUCAAUAAAGUGGCUUCCGGGGCCUAGA